CUGCAGAUCUUUCAAAGGUAAAAAUGACUUUUCAGUGGACAGCUGUCGCAGUCUUUCUGUAUGUUGAAAUAGCAAUUCUGUUGCUACUCUGCUUACCCUAUAUUUCUCCCCUGAGAUGGCAGAAGAUUUUUAUGUUUUCAUUAUGGGGCAAAAUUGCGAACUACUGGAACAAGGCAUUUCUUGCCAUUAUAGUUCUAUUAAUUGUUUUAUUUCUUGAUGCAGUAAGAGAAGUGAGGAAAUACUCGGAUAUUCAUAUAGCUGAAAAAAGUACACAGGCAACUGCCAGUGCAUAUGAUCACAUUCACAUGAAACUCUUCAGGUCACAACGCAAUCUUUACAUAUCAGGAUUCUCCCUGUUUCUUUGGCUUGUACUAAGGCGUACUGUUUCCCUCAUCACUCUGCUGGCAAAAGAGAUGGGAGCCCAGGUAGCUCUGGAAAUUCAAGUAGCAAACACCGGUGAUGCCGCCAGGAAAUAUCUGGAAGAGAAUGAAAAAUUGCAGCGGUCAUUAAUGGAAAGAAGAAAUUGUAUCACUGCAGAGUUGAUCGAAGAAACAAAUAAAAAAUUAAAGCAGGAAGCUGAAAAACUGAAAGCAGAAAUAAAGAAAAGUGCAAUGGUUCUUGGCAAGAAGACAAAUGAAGUGACUGAAGUUAAGAAUCAGGCUGAAAGCCUUAAAAAAGAAUAUGACCAUCUUGUACUUGAACACAAAAAACUGAAGGUAGGUGGCAGGGGCAGCUUAAGGAGAACUUCCUGA